AUGGACCGAAACAAAGGCAAACAGGUGGCUGGACAAUUGUCAGACCAAGAACUAGCUUUCCACUUCUGGCAAGAAGAACUAGAUAACUACAACCGAUCCCUCGAGGACCAACGACUUGCCAGGAGCAUCGCGCGAGCUGUGGUAGAUGAUGGCGUUGCCGUAACGAGAGCGCAGCAGGAAGAGCUCCGUGCUUCUGACGAUCAUAGACUCGCCCUCGAAUUGUCUGGACAUCCUGUACCCCCAUCGCAGCCCCACGAUCAAUCAAUCGCGGUCCAACUUUCUGCAGACAAAGCAAAGGACUUCAUUGAUUUGACACUAUCAAACACCGAUUUCGAAUUUGUCUCCACGAGAGAUGCCAGCCAGCACGCGCAGGCUGAGAGCUCCAAGGACCCUGAGCGUCGUUGCAUCACUGCAUAUUCCGAUGAGGAGCCUCUUUAUGAAUGUGCUGUGUGCACAGAACUUGUUCCGUCGACGAAUACAGUCCAAGCGCCUUGCCGCCACAUAUACUGUCGGACCUGUGCCGUGAGACUUUUCCAGGAUUCUAUGACUGAUGAGUCGCUGUUCCCACCUCGUUGCUGCAGGAAGGAGAUUCCACUCUCUCUUGUCAGCGGGUUCCUCGGCUUGGCUCGAAGCCAGGAGUUUGAGGAGAAGGCCAUCGAGUUCAGCGACCUGCACCGUACCUAUUGUUCCAAUCCCUCCUGCUCCAAAUACAUCUUUCCGUAUCCGCAUCUUGUGUCUUCCUACAUCGGUACAUGCAGUCAUUGCUCCUCCCGAACAUGCAUGCGCUGCAAGAGGCCCGCGCACGAGGGUGACUGCCCCGACGAAGACGAAGAGGUCCUCCAACUGGCCGAGCGCGAGGCUGUCGGUGCGGUGCGGAGUUUUGCUAUACCUGCGGUACGAAAUGGCGCCAGUGUCGAUGCGAGCUUUGGGACGAGAACAGACUGGUGGAUCGAGCCCGUUAUCUCGUUGACCGAGGCAGGGACCCCGCUCAACCAGUUCAACCGGAGAGGCCAGAGCAGGUCCAGGAGAUGGUACAGCUGUUGCUGGAACGGCACGAAUGCGACCACGAAGAGUUCUGGCCACGCAUUCCGGGGUCUCAUCGAUGCGAGGAGUGCCAUGAUCGUCUUCCGAACUAUAUCUUGCAAUGUGGACAGUGUGGGAUUCGAGCUUGUCGGAGAUGCAAGCUGA